CCCCCUGUACCCCCCUCCUCCUCCUUAGCCCUACUCGCCCCCAUGCCUUUGUGUGUAUGUGUGCGCUGUGAAGCUGACUGCGUACCCGAAAACCGUGUGAUGGAUGCCUUGCAAAGACCUUUUUGGGGAAUUUCAAUUUGAUCUUAUUUUAAUACUGUGUGGGGAAUUAGACAACUUGCAGGUGCGAGUAAAGAAGAGAAACCGGGUGGACGCACGUGAAUCCCUCACUUAUUCAAAGCCAGGAAAUAGACAGGAGGAACCAGCAAGUGACGCAAAUUGGACUUUCCACCAUCAGCAACCCUCCUCUCCUCUCCUCUCCUCUCUCGCACACCUCCUGCUCUGUAGGUCCCCCCACUUACUUCCAUCCAACCUAAUUUCUCUCAGCCUCAUUUAGUCAUCCCAGAAUAGCCUCUCACCGGAGCGCUCUCUAAAUAUUAGUGGAGGCUUUUUUGGAUUUCGGUGUGACUUGGGAGUCGCUGGAGAUGGAUUAAAGGGACGGUGUGCCGCAAAACUGGAGCAGCACGCAAGACCACGCCGGGGGGGAAGGGGGCGACGGGACUCGGUGAAUUCACGCAGCCCCCGGGACAGAGGCUGUGAAUGGUCCCACCCCAAGAUGACAUCUCCCAAAAACAAAGCCAAGAAGAAAACACCCAAAGACAGCAUGACGCUGCUGCCAUGCUUUUAUUUUGUAGAGCUCCCCAUCGUCCUAUCCUCCUUGGUGUCCCUGUACUUUCUGGAGCUGACAGAUGUGUUGUCCCCGGCGAUGGUUGGCUUCCGUUGCCACGACCGUGACCUCUCCAUGCCCUACGUGGAGACGGGCGAUGAGCUCAUCCCGCUGCUGAUGCUGCUCAGUUUGGCCUUCGCUGGACCUGCAGCAUCUAUAAUGAUGGGGGAGGGCCUAACGUACUGUCUGCAGUCCAAACUGAAGACAUGUCCCAAGUCGGAGAGCAGCAUCAACGCUGGAGGCUGCAGCUUCAACUCCUUCCUACGCAGAACCGUGCGCUUUGUCGGUGUUCAUGUGUUCGGUCUCCUGGCAACAGCCCUGGUGACAGAUGUCAUCCAGUUAGCGACCGGUUACCACUCCCCUUUCUUCCUCACCGUCUGCCAGCCCAAUUACACGGCUCCAGGAGUGUCAUGUGACAAUAAUGCCUACAUCACACGGGACAUAUGCUUGGGGAAGGAUCAGUAUGCCAUCAUGUCAGCUAGGAAAACAUUUCCAUCCCAGCAUGCAACGCUCUCUGGCUUCGCUGCUGUCUAUAUCUCCAUGUAUUUAAAUGCCAGCAUCAACACCACGACCAAGCUGCUGAAGCCGUUGCUGGUGUUUGCUUUCUGCAUGGCCGCGGGCCUCGCCGGGCUGACACAGAUCACUCAGCACCGCAGUCACCCCAUAGACGUAUACGUGGGAUACCUCAUAGGAGCCGGUGUAGGAGUCUACCUGGCUGUGUUCGCAGUGGGAAACUUCAAAGCAUCAGAGGAAGAUGCUCCCUCUCUACAGAGACUGACCCCAGCUCAGCAGAAGGACGGCCUGAGGGUGCUGACCCAGCGGAGUCAUGACUCGCUGUACAGGAAGACCCCCAGGGUGUCUGAGAGCAGAGAGGAGCUUGGGGCGGGGCUAGGGUCUGGAGCUCGCAGUAAGGUGAGGAGGGAGAAGGCGUCGUUGGCUUCCCUCAAACGAGCGAGUGCUGAUGUGGAGCUCCUGGCAACCCGGGGUCCAAUGGGCAAGGAAACCAUGGUUACAUUCAGUAACACCUUGCCCCGCGUCGCAAACGGCAACAGCCCCAUCUCACCCUCAGACGAGCUGCCCACCACGCAGCGUCACAUGACCUUCAGCGUGCCCUAUGACUCCCAGAGGUCUCGGCAACUGGUGACAGAGUGGAGGCAGCGGUCGGUGGAGCUCCGCAGCCAGAUUUCAAGAGACGAGGAGGAAGGGAUGGACAGGAGGGACGGGGGAGAUGAGGGGGAGGAGGACCAGGAGAUGCCCUCCUCUCUUUAUCCCACAGUGCAAGCCAACAAGGGCAUCGCCACACCAACUGGAGCCAGGAUGGUGGUGUCACCCCCACUCGUUCACAUCCCUGAAGAGGCCAGCCGGCCGCCGCCUGUCUCUCCGAAGAGUGCCAAGACCCGCGCCAAGUGGCUGUCACUCCAAGAUGGAGGCGGGGGGAAAGAGCCGGGGGUCGGGCCGAUCGCAGUGUCGACCCCCCGUGUGCCAAACACCCAGCCCAACCAGCCGCCCAGCCAGCCGAGAGUCACUCAGGUGAUAGCCAUGUCCAAGCAGCAGGGUCAUGGGGUCACUUCGUCCACUAAGACGUCAGAAGGCGGCUCCUCCUCUGGCGGUGGCUCUAUCUGCUCUGAGUCGCCCUAUUACCGGAUCCCGUCUGAUCGCGACAGCUGCACAGGGAGCAACCCGGGGAGCAUAGCCGGCAGCGGGAGCAUCGUCACCAUCGACGCUCACGCCCCUCACCACCCGGUGGUGCGCGUGUCGGCCGCUAACGGCAAGCCGUGGGAGUGGAGGAACACCAUCAGCGGAAACAUGAUGUCCGCCGACACGGCAGCAGACAAACACCGCCUGGCGCUGCAGCGGCAGGACAAUGUCAGUCAGUACCGGGACUACCGGACUCUGCCGGUGAAAAAGGAAUCGCACUGCUCCUCCUCCUCACCCAGCGCCGAGGGAGGACCCGAUCUGCCUCCCCCACCCCUCCCCACCUCCACCUCUCCUCUGCCUCCCCUUCUUCACAUGCUGUCGUCCCCUCUACCACCACCGCCUCCCCACUCGUCUCCUUCCCCUUUGCCUCCGCCUCCUCACCCAAGCUCCUCUCCGAUGCUUCCUCAUCUUCCUCACCCUGCCUCCUCUCACAUGCCUCCUCACCUGUCCUCUCAGCUGCCCCCACCACCCCUCCCAUCAUCUUCUCCCAUUCCCCCCCAUCCUCACCCAUCUUCCUCUCAAAUGCCUCUACCUCCUCACCCAUCUUCCUCUCAAAUGCCCCCACCACCUCACCCAUCCUCCUUUCAAAUGCCCCUACCUCCGCAUCCAUCCUCUUCCCCUUUGCCACCUCCACAUCAUCCAUCCUCAACCCCUUUGCCCCCUCCACCUCACUCCUCGUCCUCCAUGCCUCCACCUCCUCACCCGUCCUGCUCCAGCAUGCUUCCCCCUCCUCCCCAUCCAGACUUACUGAUGGACGGCCACAACCAGUCGCUGUCCCGCACCUCCACCCUCCCUCGCCGGCCCUCCGCCCGUAGCCAUGCCGAGCAGGAGCACUACUACAAGGCCAUGCAGAAUGAGAGGAUGUUAUAGUGACGACGGCUUUGUCAUAUUUAUGUACUGCAGAGGACUCCGCUAAAAGAGACAGUGAAACAAAGUAGGAUGUGGCAGGCAAAUAGUGACUUUUGAAAAAUGACAAAAGGGUUUAGAGACUCUGAACAGAAGCUUCAGUGAAAACGCUGGAAAUGAAGGGGCAGCAGGGGUGGAGGUCUGGCAGCUCACACAUGCCUAGCAGGGGAUCUGGUUUUCUCUCCUGCUCACACACACUGCCCACAGCGCCGGCUCAACGGCUCUGACUGGGAAAAGAACAGAUGAGAGCAGGGGAGUCAAAGAGCCGGGUGAAGAAUUAAAAACCCUCGCUUCACCUACAUCCUCCGUUUCUCUUUAAGACGCAUUCAAAGAAGGCGUGGAAGAGGCUGCAGCUGAGAGAGAGAUAUCACAAUAAACGGUUUGGGAUUUGCUAAAUUGAGUUUCCCUUGAGAGGAGGGAUAAGACUCAGAAAACAAAACAACUACAGGCUAUACUAGCUCUCCUAAAAGUAGUGCAGCUGUUUGCCAGCCAAUACACACAGAUAAUUUGCCGUUGUAAGAAAAACUUGAAAUAAAAGCUAUAAAAUAAGAAAAGACAGGCCACGGUAAGUUCAACCACAGAUUCAAGAGUAUUAGCAACAACCCACAAAAGCAUGAGUCUUUUUUCCCCCUCUGAUUACACAAACCAAAUGGGGAAAUGUAUGUUAGACACCAUGCAAAUCUGUCUGUAGUAUCCACCAGAGAGAUCCGGCUUAGGAAGUGUUACUUCUGGUCGGGGUGUGAGAUGGAGGAGGAGGGGUGGGCAUAAGGAGGAUCACGCACAGUUGGGCACCCCUAUACAGACGUCACUGACUGGAUUACUGUUGUAAACAUCAGAGGCGUCGGAAUGGAAAGGGAAUUGUUCCCAAAUCGAAGGAGGUGGGCAGCCAGUCUGUCUCUGCUGUGUGCGAAACCUGCCACGGAGCCUGAAGCAGCACUAAGGAGAUUAACGGUUGUUUAUCAAACCAUGCUAGCACACUCUUCCCUCCAUAGGCCUUUGCAUUUGCUCCUCUGGCAAAACACAAUGGUGACGGGACUGUUAAUGGGAAGCCAGGAGUGCAGACCGCCAUCCCCACCGACAUGCACAGGUGCCGGUUGGAUGCAACGUAGUGUUGCUAGCAGUCUCUGUUUACACAUGUUUACAUUUCAAAGAUUGUGGCACUCCUUUCUAAACAUGCAUACUUUACAAGGGGUUUUAAAUAUGUUGUUUUAUUAAUGAUGUUUUAUUUAUGCUUUAAACAUCGGUAAUAAGAAAUGUUUCCUUUUUAAGAGCAACUUCAGGGUUGAAAAACAUCUUUCGUUGGGGUGCAAAUGUGUUUUAUAGGAAAAGCUCUGCAGGAAGACUAAAUAAUGUUUACAAUAUUUACAGCUCCAGACUUCAUCUAUUAUGUAUACCCACUUAUCCUUUGCAGGGUCUCUAGAGAUCGUCACCCUUAUUUAAGUAUGCCUUAUUAGAAAGUGUUACAAUUUUUUAGGUAGGUCUUUUUUUAUGAUCAAAUAAAUUCCCUUUUUUAAUUAAAGUGACAGAACCUUCCAAAACCUUCAAAACAAACUCAAAGUAAGCUCCACUUUCUCUUCGGCUUUGGAUUUGCAUUGCUUGGUUUGAAUGGUCGGACAAACAGAUGAACUACAUGGGCUGAUGAGGUCUAUGUAAUGCAGUCAAAAGGUCCAGAACAAGAGAGUAGGUACAACAAACUGCUGUUUCAUACAGUAUGUCCUGAAUGAGCUUACCAAUUAAAGGUUUACGUCUAGAUUUUUUACAAAUUUGGAUCAAACGAUUAAUAAUUAACCAUGGAAUAAUGAAAUGAUUAACCUAUAAUAAAAAUAAUCAGUAGUUGCAGCCCUAAGAAACUUCAAAUCUUCAAGUCGAGAGGAAGUGUGUGCUUUCUCGCCCCUGCCUCUUAUGUGUAUUUAUACUACGGUGUAAGUCAUUAUUUGGUACCUAUCAUUUUAUACAUUGCAGUUCUUUCUAAAUACAAAAAGAGAUUCCUUUCAAUUAAGUGCUUUAUUUUAGAGUGUCGCUUACAGACUCAAACACAUGGAAGACUUUUACCACGUCAUCAGAAGGAUACAUGAACUGGUUUUGUAAAGUUGUGCUAGGAUGGGGAAAGUUAAAUGGAAGUUGUACUCUGUAGUGGAGCUCCUCUGAGGGGGAGCUGGUAGAUAAUGUUGCUCGUUGGUUUGUGCUGCAUGUGUGUGUACGAGCGUGUUUUUUAAAACUAUGCUUCAAGUCUGUGCUGUCGCCUUUGACGGACAGACAUGCUGUAUUUACAGUGCUGGUGAUUAUCGUACUACUUUCCCCCAUUUUGUCUGUGAAAAUACUUGAUAUUACUUAAUAUUAUUAAUCUUAUUCAUUAUUCUGCAGUCCUUUUUUAUGGGCUAAUGUUUUCUAUCUGUGGUGAUGUGUAACAUUAAUAACUCAUUUGAAUAAUAAAAUGAAGACUUCUUAA